AUGACUGGAACCAAAAAGGAAGCGGCGCCGCGCGGCGACUUUUGGGACAGGGUGGUGAUCAAAAGCGCGGACGACAACCGCUCCGGCGAGGGGAUGACACGCGGCGAGAUGCUCAAUAAUGCCAGCAUCCUCGUGCUUGCGGGCUCCGAGACCAGCGCCACCACCCUCUGUGGCAUGACAUACUUCCUGCUCCGCUACCCCGCCACGUAUCGUCGCCUUGUCGCCGAGAUCCGCGCCGCUUUCGCCGCGCGCGACGAGAUCACCAUAGUCUCCAUCGGGCACUUGCCGUACCUCAACGCCGUCUUUCAAGAGACCCUGCGACUUUACCCCCCGGUGCCGACACAUAGCCAGCGAGUCCCGCCCCAGGGCGGGGCUACGGUGUGCGGGCAAUGGAUCCCAGAGAAUACCAGCGUCGGCAUCUCCAUGAUGGGUGCCUGUCUGGAUCCGAAGAACUUCCACCGCGAGCGGGAAUUCUGCCCCGAGCGCUGGCUUGACGACGCCCCGGCCGAGUUCCGUGACGACAAAAAGGCCGUCUACCAACCAUGGAGCAUGGGCACACGCAACUGUCUUGGGCGCAAUCUCGCGCGCGCGGAGAUCCGACUAAUCAUGGCCAAUCUCCUGUGGACCUUCGAUCUGGAAUUGCACCAAAGCUGCAUGGGAAAGGGCGAGUGGCUGGACCAGAAGAUCUGGGGGGUUUGGUUCAAGAAGCCUCUCUGGGUGUCGUUGCGUCUAGCUCGAGAGAAGGAUUGA